AUGUCCUCUCAUCGCCGAAUCGAGGAUGUCCUCGCCGAUCGCUCCGUUUUCGUCACCGGUUUCACGGGAUUUCUUGGAAAAGUUCUUGUCGAAAAGCUGAUCUAUUCAGUGCCAAAGAUCAAGAAAGUUUACUGUUUGAUUCGACCACAAAAAGGACACUCUCCGAAUGAUCGCUUACAAAAGAUUCUUGAGAGUACUUUGUUUAAUCGGAUUCGCUCUGUGAACCCGGGUAUUUUGUCGAAAAUUCACGCGGUCGCUGGGGAUCUAACUGAGGAUGGACUUGGACUCAAUCAACACGAUCAUCAGGAAAUCUGUGACAAUGUGCACGUGGUUUUCCAUUGUGCGGCAACGGUUCGUUUUGAUGAGCCGCUACAAGACGCGGUGCAGAUGAAUUUGAUGGGAACGGCUCGCAUCGUUGCUCUCUGCCACUCCAUUCAUAAUCUACUUUGUUUGAUGCACACUUCGACUGCCUAUGCCAACUGCGAUCUGAAAAUGACUGAUGAGAAGAUCUACGAUUCACCAGUGGCUCCAUCAAAGCUAUUGGAAGCUGUUGAUUGGAUGGAUGAGGAAAUCAUUGACAUGAUUACCCCGAAAUUACUCGGCAAUCGUCCAAACACGUACACGUUGACAAAAGCGUUGGCUGAGUCUUUUCUCAAAGAGGAAGGACAUCGAAUUCCGACUAUUAUCGUUCGCCCAUCGAUUAUUGGCUCCUGUUGGCGAGAGCCGAUACCCGGAUGGACCGACAAUUACAAUGGAGCCACUGGAGUGUUUGCUGCGGUUGCAACAGGUGCUCUGACAAACAUGCGUGGAAGCAGUGCAUCACGUGCAGACAUCGUUCCCGUUGACAUUGUCUCAAAUAUGUGCAUCGCUGCCGCAGCACACAGAAUGCAAACACAAUAUUCGGAGAUCCCAGUGAUGCAUUGCGCAUCAGGUGAUUUGAAUCCAGUCUACUGGAGCUUCAUAGUCAGUUUGGUCGAUCGUUUCUACGUUGAGUACCCAAUCACAAACAUGAUGCGAGUGCCAGCCGGAACUUUUCAUCAAUCUCAUUUGAUGUGGUGGAUCAAUUGGAAAUUUUAUCAUCAUUUACCAUCACAGAUUGCCGAUUGGACAAACGGAAUUAUGGGAAAAAGAAAGAGAUACAUGCGUUUAUAUGGAAAAGUGGAACGAAUGAUUGAAGCUCUCCACUAUUUCACUACAAAUGAAUGGAUCUUUCGAUCAACUGCCUUGCCGAAACUCUACGACGAGCUUACUACUGAAGAUAAGCAUACAUUUAACUUUGACAUUCGUCAAGUCGACUGGCAUUCGUAUAUGUUUGACUAUUUUAUGGGAACCAGGCGUCAUGUGCUCAAAGAAGAGCUUGAAACGAUUCCAGAGGGGUUAAAACUAGCUCAAAAACUUCGAUACAAAAGGUUCCUCCUUCAAGCCGUUCUUUGUUUCGUUGGAUUGCGACUCUUUGGAUGGAAUAAAACGACUAAGAGACAACGAUGGACUUCUUGGGCGUUGGCUGUAUUGACCGCCCAUUGGUACACAAACCGACACUCAGGACCACCGGUGAAGAUGAAAACUUUGGAAGAAUACAAAAAAAAUGCUAUGCAGACUUUCUAUUGU